AUGGGUUCAGAAGCAGGCCCGUCUGGUGUUCAUCCAACCGAUGAGAAGGGAAAGAGAAAACGACCCGAGUCGCCCGCUCAAGACCUAACAUCUAAGAAGGUUUCACUUAAGGUGAGAGGAGUCGCUGCUGUCAGAGAACCACAUAUUCACCCCGAGAAGCAGGAAGAGGAUCAUCUCCUGGACUAUGUUGACACAUGUCCCAAGGGGAUUUCAUCUCAAUAUCCAAACCCUGUGAAUAUUGGUGAAAAGUCACCGUGGCCAAUUGAAGCAAGUGCGGUGAAUUAUCCCACGUUCGAUGACCUUGGCAACUUCAAAAAGUUCGUACGUGAUUCCCGUGAUGAGGCAGAGCUUGCCGUGUAUCUUGGACUGCAGCAUAAACACGACCUCAGGCAAUUCGCUUUUUCCUGGCCUGUCAUCAAGGCGUGGAUCAGAGCACCGCAUAAUCAGACUAUCUCGCUGAAAUCGGAGAUAAAUCAUCUCAUCAAGGGUGGCAAAGAACUAUCCUGUAUCGAAGAUCCUUACCAAGUUUGGCCGCAACUCCCCGAGGAGUCAGAGGAGGAUGCUUCUUUGCGAAUUACACACAUCAUGGCAUGGCAUCUAGUUCAGAUGUCUAAGGAUAUUGAGGAGUACACCAUGAGCAGUGAUCUGCAUAACUUCCACCGCACAAGGAGAUACCGCGGUGAACUAAGCGCGAUGUUGGAGCUCGAUAUCCCGCUGGACAACAUUUUUCAUCCUCGUCCCCAGCUAAUAUCUUAG